ACAGUUUAGGCAACAGCUGAUUUGGGCUAGAGAAAGUUUUAUUUAUACAUAUAUAAAAUAAAUCUUGGGCUUGAAGAACAUCAAACUGUUCAGAGUUUUUCUAGGCCUCUCACAUCAUCACAAGAGUAUCAUAUAUGACCGCAAACAAUUCAAAAAUGAUAAAUAAAAAGCGAUUGAUUUUGUUUGGAAAUUCAGAUAAAAUUCAACUGAUCCAAGAGGUGGAAAAGAACCGCCUUUUAUGGGAUCCUUCUGAUAAAAAGCAUUACGAUGCUGUUUAUAUUAAAAGUGCCUGGGAGAACAUAGCCGAGGUGCUCAAUAGAAGUGUAAGUGAUUGCAAGACAGCAUGGAAAUCUCUUCGAGAUAGCUACAGAUACCACCGCUCGGUGGCAACCCGGAAGCGCCAGAGUACUGCCGGUGGAGCUGGAUCGGAGCAGACCAAAGUCAGCGACGGGGUGGAGUGGCAUUUAGCUCCUUAUAUGGCGUAUCUUGCGAAGGUCUCUUCGCAAAAGCGUACUUCUGAGAGUACUCCAGUCGAUGAGAGCGCUUCAACAAGUCAAGACCCCUCUAUUGAACCAGACUUGGACUGCUCUAUUCCAGAAUCGAAUUCCUCUCAAUGCAGUAAUAAUGAUAUUGACGAAGUUCCAAUCGAUGGCGAUGCAAGCACAUCCUCUGAUGCCUCGUCGGAAUCGUUUGAGCAGCCCAACAAGAAACGCAAUCUGCAGCUGGCAACGAAUUCGGGCGACGUUUUAGAUAUGCUUGAAAACUUUAUCUCUGAACAGAAAGAAAAGUUUGAACGCACAGAGCCGAUUCCGCUUCGUCCAGUUAUUCAGUACUGGGAUGGCAUUCUAAACGAGAUUCAGCCAAAAUAUGCUAAGGAAGCUGAACGAGCAGUAACUCAGUUGCUUUGGAACUACCAGAAGAUGGCUAAUCCAUAAUUAGAUGCUGUUGUACUCUCUUGACGACUGAUGUGACUCAAAGUAUUCACAAAAGGAGCAUUGUUAUUAUAUUAUGCUCCUAAAAACAGCACCGAAAUGAUGCUUUGAUGCAAUAUUCAAAAUAAUACUCCUUAUGUUAAUAACUUGGACCACAUCUUUAAAAUUUAGUAUUAAAAUAUAAGAUAAAUAAAUAAGACUGUUACCAUAAAUUAAGA